AUGUCAGCGCCCAGUUCCAGCGAAGACAAUGAAGAAUAUGACAAGCAAUUUGUAAUAUUUACAAAUAUAUUAAUUAAUCUUUCAAGAGCAAAAUACAGUAAGGAAAAAUUAUCUUCAAUUAACUUAUUUAUUAGGUUAGCAACUAUAAAGAAAAACGUUUAUAAUAAUGGUUAUUUGGUUUUGGGUAGAACAUUGAAUUUAGCAGAAUAUUUGAAUAUAAUUGAAAAAAAUGAAAGUUGGAUAGAAUAUUUGCUUUAUCUAGUAGAUUAUGGCAGAGAAAACAAUGGUUGCGUAAUAUUCGACCCGAUUGAACUAGAUGAAUUUUGCUUGAAAUAUUUCUAUCUUGGCCUUAAAUAUUUGAGUUACAUUGUAGACAUUAAAAAAAUUGAAUAUAGAGAUAGAUAUUUAUAUUCAGAACCUAAACGUCUUCAAUAUCUAGAUAAUUUACUACUUUUUUAA